AUGCCAGCAUCUGUGUAUGGAUUCUAUGAUGAAUGCCAAAGGAAGUAUGGUAACGCUAACGCGUGGCGGUAUUGCACAGAUGUUUUUGACUAUCUUACCCUGUCAGCUAUUAUAGAUGGCACAGUUCUAUGUGUUCAUGGUGGCCUUUCCCCGGAUGUUCGGACAAUUGAUCAGAUAAGACUGAUCGAGCGAAAUUGCGAAAUUCCUCAUGAAGGGCCCUUUUGCGAUCUUAUGUGGAGCGAUCCUGAAGAUAUUGAAACAUGGGCGGUUAGUCCACGUGGAGCUGGUUGGCUUUUUGGAUCCAGGGUUACCACUGAGUUUAACCAUAUCAACAAGCUUGAUCUAGUAUGCCGCGCCCACCAGCUUGUACAAGAAGGUCUCAAGUACAUGUUCCAAGAUAAAGGCCUUGUAACUGUGUGGUCUGCACCUAAUUACUGUUACCGCUGUGGCAAUGUCGCGUCUAUAUUGAGUUUCAAUGACAACAUGGAAAGGGAAGUGAAGUUCUUCACAGAGACAGAGGAGAACAACCAAAUGAGGGGGCCAAGAAGUGGAGUUCCGUAUUUCCUAUGAAGAAUCAACACACUAUUAUAUUUGCUAAUGAUAAAGAUGAUGAUGAAGCCAUUGCUACCAUUGGCAAUAUGUUCAGUGUUGAAAAGGUUAAUAUAUAAUUAUAUAUAUUAUCUACUGAUGGGUUUCACUUACUUCGAUUAUUUUUGUCCUCCUCUAGUUUACAUUUUCCAUGUGAAAUUUAUAAGUCCAACACUUUGGUAAUACUAGUUUUUAGUCGUUUUGAGUCUUUUGCUCAUGUUUCCCCAAAUCUUUCUUCUGUAUGUUUUUCUAUUUGUUCUCAUUUUUCA